UUUGCCAUAAUUUAACUUGCAGUUUCCCUACGUAUAGUAUUAAGAAAUAACGCCUCUAAAUGGUUGGAAAAAAAUCCAACAAAAAUGCUUUCAUCGAUAUCUGAAGCAGUCACACAACACUCACGUUCAAACUUUAAAACGUCGUUGCUUUGUUAAGUAAACUGAUUUCAAACAGUUUCUUACAAUUUACAAAGGGUGGCGCUGUUCACUCGAUAAAAUUACUAACCCACGUUCGCCAUGACAGGAAAUGUAAAAGCGGUGCAGCCUCAAAGAGCCGGAGAGCUCCGUGGUGCUGAAACAUACAUUUAAGGCGAGAAAGGCAACAUUGCUUUUAUAGGGGUCAAUAUAUUCACGGAUUAAAAUUUCCAACAACAGGGUUGGACGGAGACCUUGAAGUAAAGAUUUUAAAUGAGUGGAUACAGUGCGUUAUUUGAACUGACGUUUUAAUAGCCGUGAAUAGAAGAACAAUAAUGCGGUCUGAGGUAACAAUGCAGUCACGAAAAAGGUAUGUGGCGUUUGUUAUUUUUUCUUUCGUUCAUCAUGUAACUGCCUCAGUGACUCAUUACUCAAUACCAGAGGAGAUGAAAGAAGGAUCAGUUGUCGCAAACCUUGCUAACGAUCUCAGCUUGGAUGUUACAACACUGAAUCAGAGGAAGAUGCGUCUCGACAUCAUUGCAAAUAAGAAAUAUCUGGACGUGAACAAAGAGACUGGUGAACUGUAUAUUGUUGAGAAGAUUGACAGAGAAUAUCUUUGUACAAAAAUGCUGACAUUGUGCUACUUGAAAAUGGAAGUAAUAUUAGAAAACCCUGUACGAAUUUUUAAUAUAGAAGUAGAAGUUUUGGACAUGAACGACAACGCCCCACAAUUUCGAAGAGACGUCAUACAUUUAGACCUAUCUGAGGCGACACCAAAAGGAGAGAGAUUCUCUCUCAGUAAUGCAGUUGAUCCUGAUGUUGGAAGUAAUUCAGUUAAAACGUAUCAUUUGAGUGAAAGUGAACACUUUAAUAUUGAAGUUCAGACUGGAAGAGAUGGGUCUAAGUUUGCAGAAUUGAUCUUGAAACAGACGUUAGAUCGAGAGCAGCAAGCUGUUCAUAAUUUAAUACUCACAGCUGUAGAUGGAGGCACACCUGCUCGUUCUGGUACUGCAAGUGUUAUUGUUCGUGUUUUGGACACAAAUGAUAACGCUCCUGUAUUUGACAAAGCGAGUUAUAAUAUAAAAGUAAUGGAAAAUUCUCCCAUUGGAAGCCUUGUCAUUCAUCUCAAUGCAACAGAUUUAGAUGAAGGAUCAAAUUCUGAUUUAACAUACUCAUACAGUUUAUAUACGUCAGAGAAAACACAAGAAACAUUUAAUCUGAAUCCUUCAACUGGUGAAAUUACUGUUAAAGGAAUGUUAAAUUAUGAAGACUUUAAGAUUUAUGAUAUGGAAAUUAUAGCAACUGAUAAAGGAGCUAAUAGUUUGUCAGGGCAAUGUACUAUAAAGAUUCUGGUUGAAGACAUGAAUGACAAUCACCCAGAAAUAUCUAUUAAAUCAUUUCAGAGUCCAGUCAAUGAAAACAUAGAAUUAGACACAGUGAUAGCUGUAGUUAGUGUCAGUGAUAAAGACUCAGGUGACAAUGGAGUGGUUGAUCUUCAUAUUCCAGAUAAUAUGCCUUUCAGACUGAGGGAAUCCUCUGAUAACUAUUAUGAAUUAGUAGUGUCAGAGCCGUUAGACCGUGAGAAGGUUCCAGAAUAUGACAUCACUUUCACUGUUACAGACAGAGGCUCUCCUCCUUUAUCUGACAAUGAAACUAUGACGUUAGAACUGCUGGAUGUUAAUGACAAUGUUCCACAGUUCCCUCAGUCAUUUUAUACUAUACGUGUAACGGAGAAUAACGCACCUGGGGCCUUGCUCAGUUCACUCACUGCGUUUGACCCUGACCUCCAUGAAAACCAGUAUCUAGUUUAUUUCAUCCUUGAGAAGGAGAUAGCCAACACCUCCAUGUCCAUGCUGUUCUCCAUCAAUCCAGAGAACGGUAAUCUUUACGCACUGAAAACUUUUGACUAUGAGAUCGAGAAGGAGUUUCUUUUCCACAUCGAGGCCAGAGACUCUGGCUCUCCUCCACUCAGCAGUAACGUGACUGUCCACAUCAUCAUUGUGGACCAGAACGACAACGCUCCAGUUAUUGUGUCUCCAUGGCGCGCGCAUGGCUCAGUGGUGGAGGAAAAGAUCCCCAGAUCCACCGACAAAGGCUCUCUGGUUGCCAAGGUGAUAGCCUUAGACACCGACUCGGUGCACAACUCUCGGAUUACCUACCAGUUUCUACAGGUGACUGACGCCACCUUGUUCAGUCUGGACCAAUACAACGGAGAGAUCCGGACUAUGAGGAUGUUCAGUUACAGAGAUCCGCGCCACCAGAGACUGGUUGUUGUUGCCAAGGACAACGGGGAGCCAGCUCUCUCUGCUACAGUCACCAUCAAGCUGUCCACAAUGGAGACUGCAGUCAAGGCCUACUCUGACAUGACUGAGGUGCCUCUAGAAUACGACAUCUUCUCAGACCUAAACCUGUAUUUGGUCAUCGGUCUGGGCUCGGUGUCAUUUCUCCUGCUGAUCACCAUACUGGUCACCAUCGUGCUCAAGUGUCAGAAACCCAAGCCCAGCAAAGCGGCUCCUCCCUGCAGGAACAGUGUGAUCAGUGAGAGGAACUCCACCAUCGCAGAUUCCACUCUGGUCUCCAACGAUGCCUACUGGUACAGUCUGUUUCUAGCAGAGACCAGGAAAGGAAAGCUGGUGGUCAGACAGCCUGUGCCAAAGGGCUCCAGAUACAUCGUGUCCAGUAUACCAAGAGGCACAGGACUGACAGACACUAGUGACUCAGCAGCUUCCACACUGCAGUACCCUAAAUGAAGGAAGUCCACUCUGCAGCUGGAGGCAUCCACAACCAGCAGCAGCAGUUCCACAUAAGGCCUCGCUUUCAGCUGCGUGGAUUGACCCUGACCAGAAAGCUUCACAGAGGAAAGAAGAAACCCCUGCCCAUAAACCCUAUACGCUCUGACCUUUAUUCCUCACAAUCUGUAGCUGUCAUGCUAUGACACCAAAUGGACUAUGGUGGCUAGUCAAUGACACAACCCUCCCCCUCUCUUUCUUUAAAGCACAUGAAAAGCCAAUCAACAACGCCUCUGCGUCCAUUCAACAUGCAUGAUAGGACUGCAUGGCUUCAACCACACUCCAAGACCUCCAUGCAAAAAAAGGAAUUCACGGAGGACAUUUCACCUAUGGAUAUUUAAAGAAGCCUCAACAAGGACUAUUAGAGUGGACACGGGAAUGUUGAAAUGCCUUUAAGAGACUGUUUUCCCUCUCUAAAAAUGAAACAUGUUAGAUAUUACAUUUUCAACCUCUGUGAUUUGUCUUGCUCCAUAACAGCAUUGAUGUAUAAUAUACAAGUUAUUUAAGAAGCGAAACAGCACAAUUAACUAAAUGUCAGAAAAGCAUCAACCUACGAUUUUAAAGUAUGAAACAAAAGGGAAUCAGUAUUUUGUGGUAGCUUUUAGUAGUUUUAUGUUUUGUACUUGACUGUGUGCUUUAUAUGUGAGCUAGGCUUAAGCAUAUGAAUGAGUGCUAAGAAGUUAGUGCCAAGUAAUAACCAGUACAUCAAACAGAUAAAAGUGAGCUCUAGCUAUUAUGUAUCUACCUUUCAGUUGUUUAUGCAUGGAUCAAUCAAAGUACUUUGAUAGCUUUAGAUAUUUUAAGAUAUUGAGGAAUUCAUUUUCUGUGGUUAUGCCUCACUGUUUGGUAUUUUUAAAAACAAGAUGGAAGAUUACAUUUUAAUGGGACCAUAAUGAAGAAGUACAACAGCAUGAUACUUACUCAUCCGAAAUCAUAAGAUCUUCAGAGAGGGUCAACAGAUCUGUAAUCUCAUUCUUUUUUCCUAGUUUCUAGGCAAGAGGAAAAUGGCUGUCAGCUGUGGGACAUUUGUGUGGCUUCACAUAGUUAAUGAACAGUGUACAGUGCUUGAAUGCUAUGUUCACAUAUGGGAGUAUGGGAUUGACUGAACACAAGUAAACAAAGUGUAUAACAUCUCUUCAUGACAACUGUGGAUAUAUCACAAACAUGACCUUGUAUUUUCACUUUUUUUUAUUUUUAAAGCCAAACUCUGGAUGUUCUUCAGUUUUAAUGUCUUUUGAGGUGUAAUAUGAAGAGUUAACGUUUACUUUACAUUACUCAAACAACAUAGCUGUGGCUGAUUUCACCCAAUGAAAGCUGUGCUCAUGUGUAUUACUGACUACUGUAUGUAUCUGCAUAUGCAACACAUGAAUAUGGAUACAGAUAUGACUGACAUAUAUAUUAUAUGUCUGUAUCUAUGAAUAUGCCUUUCUUUUAAAAUACAAAUGCUGAACUUUUUAAGGUGAACAAAAUCGAUGUCCUGUGCCAGCAGAUUUAUGGGCCAACUAGUAUGUAACAUUCAAAAAAUGAGACAUCAUGUAGUCAAGCUCUUUAGCACAGCUCACAUUGUAUUACUUGUAUAAAAUUGUAAUGUAUUACAGGCAAACAUAUACAGCAAGUGCUUUUGUACAGUGGUACUUUUCAUGGUGCAAUAUGUAGUAACUUUGUGAGCUUACUGUGUGCUAUGGUGUGGUCUGUAUGAACUAUUAAAUACAAAAGCAAAAUCGAACAGCA